AAACCCAGUCAGUUGCAUAUUGCCCGGUAGAAUUGUGUUCGCGUUGAUUGAUAAAGGAUAAGCUACAGUUUCACCCCUAAAGAUGUCCAAAAGACAUCGUCUGGAUUUGGGUGAUGACUACUCCACCAGUAAGAAGAGAUCUGAUGGGAGAGACAGGGACCGCGACAGAGACCGUGAGGAUCGCUCCAGGGACCGGGAACGAGACAGGGAUCGGGACAGGGACAGAGACCGGGACAGAGACCCGAAGCCAACUAUCGCUCCUUCUAACAGCACAGCAGCCACCCCAGGGUUGCCACCCCUCAAGCAGAUGGCCGUGCACCAGCAGAUCAAUCCAUUCACUAACCUGCCGCACACACCACGCUACUAUGAGAUCCUGAAGAAGAGGUUACAGCUCCCAGUGUGGGAGUACAAGGAAAGCUUCACCGAUAUCAUCACACGCCAUCAGAGCUUUGUCCUUGUCGGAGAGACCGGCUCUGGGAAGACAACACAGAUCCCACAGUGGUGUGUGGACAUGGUGAGAGGCUUGCCAGGUCCUAAGCGUGCAGUAGCUUGUACUCAGCCCAGGAGAGUGGCAGCCAUGAGUGUCGCUCAAAGGGUGGCAGAUGAAAUGGACGUCAUGCUUGGACAAGAAGUUGGCUACUCCAUCCGAUUUGAAGACUGCAGCUCCGCCAAGACUAUACUAAAGUACAUGACAGAUGGUAUGUUACUAAGAGAGGCUAUGAAUGACCCACUGCUGGAGCGAUACGGUGUGAUUAUUCUGGACGAAGCCCACGAGCGAACUCUGGCCACAGAUAUCCUGAUGGGAGUGCUGAAGGAAGUGGUCCGUCAAAGACCAGACCUGAAGGUGAUCGUCAUGAGUGCCACACUUGAUGCUGGGAAGUUCCAAGUGUACUUCGACAGCUGUCCUCUGCUGACUAUUCCUGGGCGCACACAUCCUGUAGAGAUCUUUUACACCCCCGAGCCAGAGCGGGACUACCUUGAAGCAGCGAUUCGCACCGUCAUCCAGAUUCAUAUGUGUGAGGAAGACGAAGGUGACUGCCUCCUCUUCCUCACUGGUCAAGAGGAAAUUGACGAGGCCUGCAAGAGGAUCAAGCGUGAGGUAGACGACCUCGGACCUGAAGUUGGAGACAUCAAAAUCAUUCCACUGUAUUCCACGCUGCCCCCACAGCAGCAGCAAAGGAUCUUUGAGCCACCUCCUCCGAGGAAACCCAAUGGUGCAAUAGGAAGAAAGGUUGUGGUGUCGACAAAUAUUGCUGAGACCUCUCUUACAAUCGACGGUGUGGUGUUUGUCAUUGAUCCUGGAUUUGCCAAACAAAAGGUGUACAAUCCUCGCAUCAGAGUUGAGUCUUUGCUCGUCACAGCCAUCAGUAAAGCUUCUGCCCAGCAGAGGGCAGGACGAGCUGGCAGAACUCGUCCAGGGAAAUGUUUCCGCCUUUACACAGAGAAGGCCUACAAAACAGAGAUGCAGGACAACACGUACCCUGAGAUUCUUCGGUCCAACUUGGGAUCAGUUGUGCUGCAGCUGAAAAAGCUGGGUAUCGAUGACCUUGUACACUUUGACUUCAUGGAUCCACCAGCUCCUGAGACGUUAAUGAGGGCCCUUGAGCUGCUGAAUUACCUGGCAGCUCUCAACGACGACGGUGACCUGACGGAGCUGGGCUCCAUGAUGGCAGAAUUUCCUUUGGACCCCCAGCUGGCGAAGAUGGUCAUUGCAAGCUGCGAAUUUAACUGCUCCAACGAGAUCCUUUCCAUUACUGCCAUGCUGUCAGUCCCACAGUGUUUUGUCCGUCCCACGGAGGCUAAGAAGGCAGCAGACGAGUCCAAGAUGAGGUUUGCUCACAUUGACGGAGACCACUUGACGCUGCUCAACGUCUACCACGCCUUCAAACAAAACCAUGAAUCUAACCAGUGGUGCUACGACAACUUUGUCAACUACCGUUCGCUGAUGUCUGCUGACAACGUGCGGCAACAGCUGUCCAGGAUCAUGGACCGCUUCAACCUGCCGCGCCGGAGCACAGAAUUCACGAGCAGAGAUUAUUACAUCAACAUUCGGCGAGCGCUCUGCACCGGCUUCUUCAUGCAGGUGGCUCAUUUGGAGCGCACAGGUCAUUACCUCACAGUCAAAGACAACCAAGUGGUCCAACUGCAUCCAUCUACAGUCCUGGAUCACAAGCCUGAGUGGGUGCUCUACAAUGAAUUUGUCCUUACCACCAAGAACUACAUCCGCACUUGCACAGACAUCAAGCCAGAGUGGCUGGUGAAGAUCGCACCCCAGUACUAUGAAAUGAGUAACUUCCCACAAUGUGAAGCUAAAAGACAACUGGAGCGAAUUAUUGCCAAACUAGAGAGCAAAGAGUAUUCCCAGUACUGAACAAUAGCCAAGAAGUGUCCUGGACAACAACUGCAUACUAUAGUUUUAGAUCUUUCUGUAUCAUUGUAUCUUAAUGUUUAAAAGUUGGCUUUUUUUGAUUUUUAUAUUUUGUUUGCUCUUUUAUUUUUUCUUUCUUUCUUUUUUUUCUUCUUUUCCCCCAUCAAUGUUAAUUCUGUAACUAAGUGUAAUGUCAGAUUAAAUAUCCGCAGCAACUGUUAGACCUGGCUAUAAUGAUUUUCAAAAGGAAUAUCAGAAACAUGUCAUUUAGAUGUGGUUGAACUUCCUUUAGGAGACCGCUGAGUCAGCAAAGAUCUGUGCUUGCUUUGUUUCUUUAAUAAAGGAGCUUUGACUUAA